AUGCGUAGUGACAAGAUCAAGCAGAUCUGCGUACUCGUCACAGAGGACGAGUACGUCGCCGAUAUUCGGUCGGCACAAGUGUUUGAUGAGAGUGAACGGGUUCUCAGUAGCUCAUCGAUGGAUGAGAGUGUCCGCGAAAAGAAGACCCGGAUUGAGCGAUACACGUCUCAAUCCUGGGAGUCUUUGAUGACGAAUCCUAUGUAUAAUAAUCUGGUCGAAUUUAGGGAUGCUUUCCGGAAUCCGUUCCAUGCGAGCUGCCAAAGGACAAAGGCACUCUCGGCAUGA